AUGACAAACAUACCGUUUGAACGGGAGGAAGCCCAAUACGGACUGGUUAAUCCAACCACAACAACGCCGCCGCCUGCAUGGUCCCGCAAGUACUUCCGUUCGGCUCUGCGGGUAGACCAGGUCCUGCUUGGCGAUUGGGCGUCCAUCAGCUCGACGCUGGACGUGUUCAAGCUACCAUAUACGCUUGCGGGUGCGCGUUUGCUUCUGGAGAAGUGGAUCGACAUGAUGAAGCCCGAGUACUUCAUGGCUGGCGUGCCCAUUUCCUUCGAGAGUUCGGAUGAGAUCCUGCUGCAAGUACCGCUGCCGCUGGCUGAAGAGAAGGAGCUGCCGAUUGCGCUAAAGUUUGACAGCGUGCUUUCAAACAAUGCUUGUUAUGAGUGCCUGGCCACGUUACGCUCGCUCGUGAAGCAGCACGAAGUGACCGUGGAGGCCGACAAGUUCCGAAUCCUGCAUCUGUAUGGCUGCUGGUGGUACUGCAACAACCCGUCGAUCAUUGAAGAGCUCACGCGGAUGCGUAUCGAGACCCUAAGCACAGCGUUGACGAGCCAGCGCUUGGAUACGCAGAAGCUAUUCGCAACGGGCUGGAAGAUGUCCAAGAGCGGCAUCCAGCGCGACGUACAGAGGUUGUUUGGCCAGAGCCACGAGGAGUUCAUGACAAAGAGCAUGUGA